AUGGGCCGGCAGCAGUACCUGAACAGGCUGGCGUUUGGACGUUCUGCCUUUGAAGAUCCCGAGCCCGUGAUCGAGGCUGAACAACGGCCACAGGAAGAUGGAGACGACGGGGAGUACAGACAGCAAUAUGACUCCAAAGGCCGACCUGUCAACCCAGCCGUAGACGCCAUCGACGCCGAGCUACGAAAAGCACAAAACGAAGUUCUGGAACUCGUCGGUGUGGUAGAGCGGAAAGACCAGUCUGAUCGUGCGACCGAAGUCCGGAAUCGUGCCUCGAGAGAACAGCGGCAAGCUCUACUCUUUGCCGAGAACGACAAUGGCGAAGUCCUUGAGUACACGCUAUCACCCAUCAGCUUCUUCUCACAUCUAUGGGCAGAGUCCAUCCUUCAGCGUGUACACGUAGGCUUCUACGAUACCUCGCGCUCAAUGUGGGAUAUCAUCGCCAGCGAAUGUCGCGCUGUACGGACUGCGAGUGGCAACCAGAGACUUGCCAUGAUUCUACCUGGCCUUGGCGAUACUAUCGCUCAUCUGUGCGUGAGAAUGCCUCUGAUCCUGGCUGCUGAGCAGAUUGUCGGACGGCUACAGACAUACUUCUCAAGGCGCUGCAAAAGUCGCAAGUCCAGAGAACGCAUGUACACAGCUCUGAUUAUCGGCUUUCAGACCUUUCUAGCUGCUAUCGACAUAGCCUUGCUGCCUAUGGAGUUCCACUGCAGCGCUCAACGACUAGGUCUGGCACCGCAGCUGCCACUCAUCCCACCCCUCAAAGCUUUCCUGCCAUGGCACCGAGACUCUUUCCAUCGAUUCGGCUGGCUGCCUUUACUGGGCCUAACCUCUCCCGUGGGCCUGCUUCUCUUCCACAAAGCCCUCCACUACGACGCAGACGAGGAGAAAAUCCCAAUCUGCAGCCUCUUCACCUCCUUCCGCUACCCAACAAUCGCAGAACACCCAACAUCCUCCCAACUAACACCACUCGAACGUCCCGCCCUCCGCGAAGACCCCCUAGGCUGGCUCCUGCAUCAAACAUGGUCAGCUCGAACGUCCCUCAUGCAACGGAGCGGCUGGAACGUCGUGAAGAUGUCCACAAGACCCCGCGACGACGAGUUCGAGAACAACACAACGCUCCACUGGGACUACGAUGACAUCGAUACCAAACCACCGCCAGUGCAUCGCUCCACGGCGUUGGCGCAUCUCCCAGCGCAGUACCUGGCAUCGAUAAUCGACUGCUUCUUCAUUCGACUGCUGACGCUGCCGUUCGAGUCUUUCAUGCUGCGGUCAAUAGCACAGUCUUUCAUGUCCUCAUCAACCACGACCAAGACAGCACAAGGCAUCAGCGCAGCAGCGUACUUGUACACCCCUCUCGGCGGUGGUCCUUUCGGUGCACUCUUUCGCUCGCCCCUCUCAGCAUCGUCCUGGACUUCAGCAGGGUUCUACCUCAGUAGACUCGGACUCGCCAUUGCGCUGACGACCUCAAUCGACGCAAUCAUCUUCUUCGGUGUCUACAAAGCCACAAAAUACGUCGGAAGGAAAUACUUCCAAUGGGGUCGUGGCGAGACUGGGCUGGGAAGUCAUCAAACACGCCGGGAAAGACUUCUAUCACAAGGCAGUAAUGCAUCCGCUUCGUGA